UGUGUGUAUCGUCGAACCACCAAGAAACCAACCAGACAAUGUGAAUGAAAAGAAAGAAGUGAAAUUUCUGAUUAUUGAUCAAAUCAAUGAUUAUUGCUUGGUCGAUCACUCCUCUCUUUCUGCUUAUAUGUGUAAAUUAUUUUCAACUUUUAAAGUAGAGAAAGAUUAUCUUGUCCUAAGUUUAAUCGGGUUCAUUUGGAGCCUGUUUUUCUCGUUCCAAAAAUAAGUAGGGAAUUUCACAAAAUUCAAACUUUUAAAAAGUGCUGCUCAAAAUUUCAAAUAAAAUAGACCAUAUUUUAAACUAAAAAUUUUUUGAAAUUAAAAAAAAAAUAAAAUCAAACAACUCAUCCACAUUUAGUCGAUUUGAUUUUUUCAAUUUUCAAAUUGCUAUGAAUUCAUCCGGAGCAUCGGUAGUUGUACCGCGAAAUUUUCGCCUCUUGGAAGAAUUGGAACAAGGACAAAAAGGUGUUGGUGAUGGGACCAUUUCCUGGGGUCUUGAAGACGAUUCUGAUAUGACUUUAACAUAUUGGACCGGUAUGAUAAUUGGACCACCAAGAACGCCAUAUGAAAAUCGAAUUUAUAGCCUAAAAGUUGAAUGUGGUUCAAAUUAUCCGGAAGAACCACCAAACGUUCGUUUUAUAUCGAAAAUUAAGAUGAACGGUGUCAAUGAUUCCAGUGGAGCUGUCGAUCGUCGUGCCAUAUCAGUGUUGAAUCGAUGGCAACGUAACUAUUCAAUCAAGACCAUUUUGCAAGAGCUUCGACGAGCAAUGACAUUGAAGGAGAAUAUGAAACUUAAUCAACCACCUGAGGGAACAACAUUCUGAAAAAAUUAUACUAAAGUAAUCCAACCGAUCGAUCUAAUUAAUGAAUGAACGAUCCGUGCCCCAUCCAUCCAUUCAUCCAUACCUUUGCAUUCACAUGCAAAUUGUAUGUCGAUCUGUUUACGUACGAAGGUGUGUUGAUUUUGAUUGUACGAUUCUCUACCAACUUAUUAUUUAACAAACCAAUCAGCAAACAAACAGAUGUCUUUGGUGCCUAGGAUUUUCUCAUCAUCAUCAUCAUCAUCAUCAUAUGAUCAUUUCCAUCGCAAUCUCAGCUUUGUCGUUUUUUCCAUCUAUUCAUUGUCAUUCAUUAUUCAUUUGUCAUUACACUUCCCAAUCCCCAAUCAUCUAUCUUGAUAAUAAAACCCCUACUUCCUAUUUUCUUCACGAAGAAACACAAAAAAAACACUGGAAGCAAAGGUCAACAAAAACAAAAUUGUUACAAUUUUUUCUCCCUUUUUUCCACAAAAAUUAUCUCCUUUCACAUUUAUACAUCUUGCCUGAAAACACACAUACACACCUAAUCCGACAAUUUAAAAUAUGUUGAUUUCAAAUUUUUGCUGUUGAAAUAAUGUCGCAUAUUUUUAAUUUUUUUUUCUAUUCAAAAAUUUUUUCUCUUUGUUUCGUUUUUCACGAUAUAAUAAUAUCGAAGUAACAUUUACUGCUUCGAUUCUUAUUCCAGAUUGAUGUUCAAUUCUUUCUUUUUUUUUAUUUGAGUUUUUUCCACUUUGCGAUAAUCGCAUCAAUAUCAUCACAAUGUUCAUUACAAUUAGCAAACAACAAGCAUCAGCAGCAAUAUAUGGAAAACAAGCAUAUACUACAUUAAUAGUUGUUCUUUUUUUUGAACAAUUGAUCCAUUAUCUAUUAUUAUUAUUAUUAUUAUGAUCUAUGAUAAUAUUUGCAACUAAUUAUUUUCCAUUAUUAUACAUGAAUAAUGUUUUUUCUAAAUUAUUUUUAAA